UCAAACGAAGAUUGCUUAAAGUAUUCAGAAAUAAUUGCUAACAUACAUUAUUUUAAUGGGAACAUGUAGGUUUUGCUGCCAUUUUUCAUUGUAAAUGACGUGAUAAGGAGUAGUGAUGGUCACUGAUCUUAUUCAUAUGACAUAAUAUUUCUAGAACGGAUAUAUUUCUGCGACACCGCCUUCAACACACGAACACACUUUUUUAUAGGCUAUUUAUUAGAAUGACAGAGGCUUCGUUUAUCAGUGGCACAGUCCAUAUAAAAAAAUUCACAUGGAUUUAAAUCUGUCCUGUCGUGAAGUGUCCAGAGUUAGUUGCCCCAGUAGAAAGGAUCAAAAAUGGUCGCUAAAAUUUCUAUAUAGCAGGAUCAGCCGCAGCACGUGCGUCUUGCAUAUGUGCGUUUAUUUGGUUUUCUAAAAUAUAGUUUUCAAAAUGUCGCUCAGUUUUGAUAGAGCAUUGCCAGGAAGAAUUAAAAAGUAUGUGGAGACUCACAGUGGAUUUGUGGAUGUACAAUUCAUGGCUGACUGUUUGUAUAAACAAUACAGAUUUGAUUAUGGGAGAAGAAAAUUGAAUCCAUUUAGAAAGUUGGUUGGGAAAGUUUAUGCCGAUUUGUUAAAGACAGAAGAAAUUCAAAACAAUUUACCUCCCAGCUCAGAAACAUCAGAUGAUGAAAAGGUGUUGGUGGAAUACAAGGUGUUUAUGCAAGAUAGCAACACAAUGAACAACUCACUUCACGCCAUUUACAACAAUGUUAGCCUAGUUAAAUCACCCAAACCUCCAAGUUUAUCUCCUCAAAACUAUGAACAAAUCAAUCAAAGUUUACUUCCAGAUGAUACAAAAGAUGAAAACUUAACAAUCAACCAAGACUCAGCUGGUAGCAAUGCAAAUGUUACUCAGCACAAUUUGGUCACAAACGAAGACCGCUUAAAAGAAAAUAAAAAAAAACUUAGAAGAAAGCGAUCAAAAAUGGAACAAAAUAAAAAAAAUUUAAAGAAAUUGAAGACCGACCCAAAUGACUCGGAUGACUUCCAUUCACCAAAUAAAAAGAAAUUUUCAUUUAUAGAUUCUCAAGUUUCAUUUGUUGAUGUUGCAGGAAACCAAGAUGCAUUGAAUGAACUCGCUCGUCUCUUACUUCACAUGUGUCAUCCCGAGGUCUAUUCAGCCCUGGGUGUUUCCCCUCCACGUGGUAUUUUAUUACAUGGACCUCCAGGUUGUGGAAAAACUUUACUUGGUAACGCCAUAGCUGGUCAGUUAGGGAUUCCUCUGUUACGCUUGGUUGGUCCGGAGUUAAUUGGAGGUGUUUCGGGUGAAAGUGAACAGCGUAUUCGUGAUGUUUUUGAGAUCGCUCAACAAACAGCUCCAUGUGUUUUAUUUCUGGAUGAAGUUGAUGUCAUCGCGCAACGAAGAGAAAAUUCAUCAAAAGACAUGGAGCGAAGAGUAGUCGCGCAACUUUUGUCAUGCUUGGAUGAUUUUAACAAAGAUAGUCAACAAGUGUUGGUCGUCGGGGCAACCAAUCGUCCUGAAGUUCUUGAUCCAGCUCUUCGAAGAUCUGGAAGGUUUGAUCGUGAGAUUAUGUUGGGCAUUCCCGAUGAAUCAGCCAGAGAAAAAAUAUUGAAAGUUCUUAGUCAAAAAAUGAAAUUAUCUGAUGACGUCAAUUUUGGUUUGAUUGCUCGUUUAACUCCCGGAUUUGUCGGAGCUGAUAUACUAUCUCUAUGUCGUGAAGCUGCAAUGCAAACAGUCGCUCGUGUUCUUAACAUAAAUAAAACAAACACAGAAUCCAAUAUUUUAUUGGAUUGGUUAAGCAACCGGAGCCCAGUAACUGAUGAACAAUUGGAAUUGAUGGCGAUUGAAACAAGUGAUUUCGAAGAAGCGUUGUGUGUCGUGCAACCUUCAUCAAAACGUGAAGGAUUUGCGACAGUUCCUGAUGUGACAUGGGAUGAUGUUGGUGCACUGACCGAUGUUAGAGAAGAACUUUCCAUUGCGAUAUUGGGCCCAGUUAGAAACCCGAUGGCGUUUGCAUCACUUGGAUUGUCGAGAGCAUCCGGAGUAUUAUUAGCUGGUCCUCCAGGCUGCGGAAAAACUCUGCUCGCAAAAGCGAUCGCCAACGAAUCUGGGAUAAAUUUUAUUUCAGUGAAAGGACCUGAGCUUCUCAACAUGUAUGUUGGUGAAAGUGAACGAGCUGUAAGGCAAUGUUUUGAACGAGCGAGGAAUUCUGCUCCUUGUGUGGUCUUCUUUGAUGAACUUGAUUCACUUUGUCCUCGAAGGACAUCGGCCGAGAGUGGAGCAAGUGCAAGAGUGGUCAAUCAAAUGUUAACCGAACUUGAUGGCCUGGAAUCAAGAAAACAAGUUUUUGUUGUUGCUGCGACCAACAGACCCGAUAUUAUUGAUCCAGCGAUACUCAGGCCUGGUCGACUAGAUAAAGUACUUUACGUUGGAAUUCCAACCACGGAGGAUAGAAUUCAAAUAUUAAGAACAAUAACAAAGAAUGGAAAGAAACCUCUUCUUGAUGAAGCUGUCUGUUUGUCCAACCUCGGUGCUGAUGAUCGUUGUAGCGGAUUUACAGGGGCUGAUUUGUCUGCACUCAUGCGUGAAGCAUCAUUAGAUGCAAUCCGUGGGAGCGUCAACCAUGGUUGGAAUGUUGUUUUGCCACAAAGUGAUAAUAAUUUCCAUUCAAUAAAGAUAACCUUGGUAAAUAUUAAUGCUGCUUUCAAGAAAGUCAAACCAUCAGUUAGUGAACAGCAAGGCAAUAUCAAUCAUUAUAACAUUGGUGGUCUGCUCCAUACAUGUCUGCCCGGGUUUUUGAUGUUCGGAUGACAAUUUAUAAAACC